AUGAAUGUUUUUCAACUUAUUAAAGCCAUCCCAGAUGAAGGAAAAGCUGUGGAAUUUCUUCAAAAACGCGGUUUGAUUCCUAAAGCAAAGGAAUGCGAAAAUGGGCACGAAAUGAAGCUUUCGCUUGGCAAAAUUAUUAGAUGGAGAUGCAGUCUUAGAAGCUGCAAGAAGAAGAUUGGAGUGCGGGAAACGUCCGGGGAAAGAAUGAAAAGGGAAUUGGAGCUUGGUUCCUGCACGACUGUAAACUGGAACAGUCUUCUGAGGGAGGUGUGCCUUUUUAUGAAGAAAAAGGACGAAAGUAAAAUAGGAGGAAAGGGAUUUACAGUGGAAGUGGAUGAAACCCUGUUCGCCAGAAGAAAAAAUUAUGCCGGAAGGAUGCUGGGGCAGCAGUGGUGCUUCGGAGGGAUUUGCGAGGAAACUAAGAAGUGUUUCGUGGAAUCUGUAGCAGAUAGAUCUUCAGAAACGCUGAUGGAGGUGCUGAAGCAAAGGGUUCACCCAGAAACCCUCAUAAUUUCUGAUAUGUAG